AUGAUGGAUGGGAAGAGAAGGAUACCCGAUGACGAACUCCGCGAUAUAAAGAAAGGUCCAUGGAAAGUGGAAGAAGAUCAAGUGCUCAUCAAUCACGUGAAGAAAUACGGCCCCAGAGAUUGGAGCUCCAUUCGAUCCAAAGGCCUCCUCCGCCGCACCGGCAAGUCCUGCCGCCUCCGCUGGGUCAACAAACUCCGCCCUGACUUGAAGACGGGGGUGAAGUUUUCAGCGGAGGAGGAGAGAACGGUGAUCGAUCUCCAAGCACAAUUCGGGAACAAAUGGGCGAAAAUCGCGACGUAUCUGCCGGGAAGAACAGACAACGACGUCAAGAAUUUCUGGAGUAGUCGACAGAAGAGACUUGCUAGGAUUCUGCACACCUCUACUGCUCCUUCAUCAUCAUCCACCAAAUCUCACAAGACCCCCAAGCAUCUCCAACCCCCUCCUUUCGAUUUCAUUCCAUCUCUCAAGGCGCCAAAGUUGAGCCUAUCAAGGGAGGAAGAAUUUGCGGCCAAGUCACAGUUGUGCCCAACCAUUGAAACGGUGCAGUUUGGGGAGGUGGCGUAUCCGAACCCUGUUCCGGUGGACCAGCAGCCCUAUGUCUCCUUCCCUCAGUUUCCGAUACUUCAGCCGGACUACCCUCUGCUUUUGGAGGGCCAGGACUUCAUUGGCAGGCUUGGAGCUCCCAGUUAUCUUGAUGAUGAGUUUGGGCAUUCCGCAUUGGGCACUGCGCAAGUCCCCAUCGCCCCAUCGUUCCAGGCUUCUGGAACGUCGGUGAGUCAUGACACGGUGGACAUCGACAGCCUCAUCGAUGAUGACUUUCCUCCCAUCGACUUAUUUGAUCAAAUCGAGCAGCUUCCAAGCCCCUCUCACUGGUCUUGAUUGAAGCUACAAAACAUGGCUUCUUGUAAUUGUUGCUAAUUCUU